UUCAGGUCGAUCGCUUCAGGCUUAACUCCCAUUUAAAUUGUAUAAUUUUAUGUGAAUUAUCGUGGCGUUCCUCGCGCGCUUUUAAAAUUAUUUGUGCAAGGAAAUUUUUAAGCUCGUGGACGACCCGGGUUCGAUUAAUUUCCGUUCAGGAUGGCGACUUUAGAUUGCAAUCCGGCGCCGCCGGAAAAGAAGGAGAAACCUGUGGAGGAGCUGAUGGACUGGGAUAACUACUACAAGCAUCGCGGGAUGAUCAGCACCCGACUGGCCAGUUGCAAGGCGGACUACAUGCACUGCUCCACUUACCAGGAGAAAGGCAAGAGCCAGGAAAAGGACAAGAAAAAGAACUCAUGCUGCUGUUCCUCGUGUCCGGUUCAAAAUCGGGAGGAGGUCUACCAGCCCAGGUGCCCGGCUCCUGGUCAGAAGGGCAAACCGAACAAAGACUACAUGCGCUGUUUUGCCGCCAAGCUCAUCGUCCAGAGACUCGAUUUGCCUGGCAGGGAUUUCAAGUGCCGAGAUCAGUUGCAAGUCAAGGCUAAUGUGUGCCGUAAAUGCAAGAUCUGCCUGGACGACAGUCGCAUCAAUGUCAACUGUCUUCCUUUAAAUCCUGACAAGACCUUCCAAAUGGAACCCGAGUGUUUGCAGAGGCAGCUAGCCGAGGGCAUUACCAUAUCCGUGAUCUACUUGCGCAAGGAGAUCGCUCGAGGCUGCUACUUCCCACCUGCGGCGGUGGUCAACCGCAUGAUCAACGAGUUCACCGAGAUCGUGCACGAUGCCAAUGUGGAGCUGACCUGCAAGGGCUGCACCGUCGGCCUCAUCAACAUCCGGUUCGCGAUGCAGAUGCGCUGCCAGACGAUCAAAGAAGUUGCGGACGGACGUUUGGCGGGCGGCCAGGAGCGGGGAUGUUGCUCCGGGGGGCGGAAGAAAAAGGGGACCAGCUGCAUGGACAUGAAUGUGGAUCCGCAGGACAUCUCGUACAUGUCGGGUGGCAAUUACUCCUCCUCUUCCAUUGAUCCCUGCGUGGGAUUUAUGCCCAGCGAUAUGGAUGAGCCCACGCCUACGGCCACGGAGUGUCCCUCUGGCUGCGAAGAUAGGGGCCAGAAUUUCGCCGGAUAUCAGGAUUCACCUCCUCGACUGGUGGACAUGGCGGGACCUUAUCCCGUUUACUCCUGUCCCAAUGUGGACGACUGUUGUGUGACCUUUGAACCUCCAGCAGCACCUGCCGCCCAAUUCUCCGCCUGCCAGAGAAACAUACUGGGCGAGGGGAACACCAACCGACUGUGCCAACAGCAUUCCUUCCCGAAACUGCGACAGAUGCACAUCAGCAACACCAGAUCCUGUGCCCUCUGCGGCGAGGACGUCUCCUGGCUGCCCAAAGUGGCCGCCUGUCCUUGCUGUGGCUACAAACCGGUGCCGGAGUUCAAGGAGCGAGCCUACGACGAGUCAGCCACGGCCCAACAGAUCCUGCUGGACCAUCUGGAGAACCCCGUGGAGGAUCUCAGCUUCGACCUCGGGUCGGUGGAGGGAUGUUCGGCGGAUGGAGAACGCGAUGACCCCGGGCACACCUCGGAGGCCUUUGAAACUAUAGUAAGGGACUACCAACUCUUAAGGCGCAGCAUUCGUGAAUCCUCCACAACCAAGGCGGCUCAGUCGGUCACCAAAAAGCCAGCACUUCCAGAGGGCGAGUCCAAGCCCCAGGAUUUGGCCAAGGUUUUUGCCGAACUAAGAGAUCUCUUCAACGUUAAAGUGCCCGAUGAGAAAAAAAAGAUUCAGGAAAUUUGCACGGAGGCCUGUAAUUUGGCCAAGGCACACAAGAAGGGGAUGACAUCUCCAAAAAGAAAAGAGGGCGGAAAUGCCGAAGCUUCAGAGGAUGCCUGCCAAGUUGUAAAACCUAAGAAGCGUCGCUUGAAAAGUAAGCGUCCUUUCAGGUCCAGGUAUUACUCCAUGUACAGUCCACGGGUGAGGCCGAAAGUCACUUUGGAUGGCGGAGACAACAGGAAGGUGCCCAGCCACAUGGGCUGGCUAUGGACAGCCCAUCCACUGGCCUCCAAGCCCGGCUGGCGACCCGGGGCCAUCCGCCGCUCCAUUCGCGGCCUGAUGCGCUACUUCCUCAAGGACUUUCCCGUGGACAACGUGCCCGUUUCGAAGUACAUGUCGUACUACAACCACAAGAAGUCACCGAAGACUCCAGCAGGUGAGAAGCCGGAGGAUUUGGUGCAGGUGCCCACGCUGCAUAUAGAAAAGAAGAACGAUGUGUACACCAUCACUUUGCGUCCGCUCAAAGAUGCCAAGACUCUUUCGCGCUCCGCCAAUCCUUAUGUGAACAUGAAGCCCGUGCAGUUCCGCAUUGUGCAGAAUCCGCUGGUGAAGGAGCUGCGCGACUUGAAGCGCUGUCUCAAGGGCAUGGGCUUCAGCAAGUGCUCCUGCCACAAGCCAUUGAUGACCUGCUAUUGCCGUAGCUUCGUGGACAAGAAGAGGCUGAUCUAUCAUGUGCGAAAGGAGUGCGAGCGUCGGCGAAUAGAGUCCUGCGAGGAUGACCUUGUGCUGACGGACACCUCCGACAGCGAGGCGGAGUUCGACUUCGGGGUCACUCCACCGGCCGGGUUGAUGCAUCCGGAGCGACUGAAGAGCACCCAUGUGACAAACACCGCCGUGCAGUACGACGAGAGAGAUUGGGUCAUGCCCAGUCUGUAUCCCCACAUGCCCGAUGCCACAGUUCAGUACGAGAGCUGUGUGAUGGGCGAGCGGCAGAAGCCGUUCAACUGGAUAUAUGGCAAGGGCGUCAUCCAGGAGGUGCCCGAGACGCCCAAGAUGCGGAACAUUCCCAAGAAGCAGAAGAAAAAGAAGGUGGAGCCGGGUCGCGUGGCUGGAGGUUUUGCUGGGCAGGAGUACCACGAUUCCUGCAUUUACAGCCGCGUCAACAAUAACUCCGUUCAAACACAAGCACGGGUGCACACUGUAGCGCCCAUUCACAGUCCCCCAAAUUACUCCACGGACUCGGAACUCCCGCUGAGUGGCCAUCACAUGAGACUCCUCGAUCAGGCCGCCUAUCCGCCCAGUGCUCCACAGCGAACGGAACCCUGGUCCUAUGAAAAGACCAAGGAAAAGCAGCGCCAAAGAAUCAAAAGGAGAACUAAAAAGCUCGUACGAUUCGAUCCCACCAUCUGUGCUCGCUCCUCCGAUAGUUAUUUCCCCUAGUUUCAUUUAACCGGGUCGCUUGUACAUAUAUAUCCACAUCCCCUACCCCCCAUUCCACACACGAUUUUAGCCUACCACCAAUGUUCCGAUCAAAAUCAACCGCGUAAAAUUGUAAGUUUUAAUAAACAGGAAACUUAGAAAA